AUGUCGUUGGGAUCACAGCCCGCGGUGUCAUCACUCACCCCCGGCAGACCCACAGACAGCGGCUCACAUGGUCCAGACUCAACAGAGCAGUACAACAGCCUCUUCCAGACGUGCUUCAAGCUCAAGGCAGACUCUGGGCAGGCCGUGUUCUUGAUGCAGUCUGACAGUAGUCACACUCGGGCUGUGAACUGCUGCACAUCUGUAGCGGUCUGUGUCACUGGUCUGAAGGCGUCUGGACCAUUGAGGGUCGAGGGUUACAGCAGAUCAAACCCCGCUGUCGCCUCAGAAUGUGUGAAUGUAGAAGAAUGGGACAAAAGUAGUCAAUGGAGACGGUUGAGAUGUAGAGAAGGAGACUUCCCCGCGGACGAGAGGUCAACAUCAGAGGUCGGGGGUCACGAGCACAGAUGGCUGCUCCGGCCCGGGGCAGAUGCCGCGCUCUGCCACCGGUCCAAAGAAAUCCACGGCGGAGCAUUAAAACAUCAUAUUUCAGACAAAUACAUAAGUCUGUCCGGCCGCAUUCCUCAUCGAUUCUCCGUCUGCUCCAGACAGAUUGGAAUCAAAAUGGAGUCGUGUCAGAGACGGCGGCGAAGCCAAACGGCAGCAAAGCCAAACGGCGGCAAAGCCAAACGGCGGCAAAGCCAAACGGCGGCAAAGCCAAACGGCGGCAAAGCCAAACGGCGCAGGUGUCAGACCCGAAGCCCGUCACAGUAUCAUUAG